UAAGCCUGAACUGAAUUGAAAUCAGGCUUAGCGAUUAAAAGUUUUGAUGUAAAAUAGUUUGUUUAUGUUGUGUUGAAUAUUGAAUUUGUAUUGAUAGUAACUUUACUUUGUGUUUUAUUUGUAAAAAAAACUAAGUACAGUGUUUUUUGUGAAAUUUAGUUGGGUGGCAGUAAUAUAGUAUGACAUGUCUGAAAACGAGGUUUGUAUGAAAGAAAAUAAAAAACGGAGUAGUGCUCGUGAAAAGUCAAUUGUUUGUGAAUUGUGCGAAAAACGCUUUAGUACUGAAGAGAAAUUUCAAGAACAUUAUCUUAUACAUUCUGGUGUUAAGCCAUAUGUUUGUGAAGUUUGUCUUAGAGGUUUUGCUAACAAGAGUAAUCUUCAAAGGCAUAGAUUAAUUCACAGUACUGAAAAGCCAUAUAAUUGUGAAAUUUGUCAAAAGGGUUUCGCCGACAAGUAUACGUUUCAAGUUCAUCAGUUAAUUCACACUGGGCAGAAGCAUGUAUGCGACAUUUGUUACAGAGAAUUUACGCAGAAAUCAAAUCUGAAAAGGCAUUACACGAAUCAUUCGGAAUUCAGACCUCAUGGAUGUGGAUUAUGUGGCAAGCGAUUUACCGAUAAAUAUACUUUAGAAACCCACCUAGCCAUACACACUGGAGAAAAGUAUAUUUGUGAUAUCUGCUUUCAAGGAUUUACGCAGAAGUCAAAUUUAAAAAGGCACUACAUUCUACACUCUGCUGAAAAACCUUUCGCCUGCGAUAUUUGUGGGAAAAGUUAUGCUGACAAUUAUACUUUCCAAGUACAUAGACUUAUUCAUACUGGAGAGAAGCAUGUAUGUGAGAUAUGUUCCCGGGGCUUCACGCAGAAAAGUAAUCUUAAGCGUCAUUAUACAACUCAUUUAAAAGAGAAAACCAAAUAUUUUUAUUGUUUGCAUUGUCCUAAGAAAUUCGUACGAGAAGAGAAAUUAGAAAAGCAUGAAUUAACUCAUCUUUGAGACUGUUUAGUUCUAAGUUUGAAUUAAUGUAUUUUAAAACAUUUAAUACUUUACUUCUAAUUGCAGAUUGAAUGAAACGUAUUGAAGUUUUUUUCUGAACUCUUAUGUUUUUUAAUCAGCAGAAGACAUUUAAUGUUAGACAGUUUGAUUGAUAAUCAAGUAUUUUGACUUUGGGUUAAAAAAAUGUUUAUAAUAUUUAUUGAGAGUUCUGCAUACCUAAAAUGAGUAAAGCAUAAUUUUUCAUCUGUGUCUUUUUGAAGCAGAAACUGUACAUAGGUAUGUUCUAAUUGCUUAUGUUAUUGCGUGGACAUAAUAAAAGUUUGUUUUGUACUUGU